UAAAAGAGAGAAAUAUCAAGUGUCUGAAAUGUAAAACCGCUCAAGAGUGAAAGCCAAAUCAAAUCAAAAUUUUUGUACAAGUCACUGCCCCUACACGGAGAUUCCUGAAAAAGCUCACAGCGAGAGAAGAAAAAAUAGAUAAAUAAAAGCGCAUAAGUAAAACCACGACCAAAUUCAAAUCAAAAUCGGAAUCAAAACAGAAGCCGGAAAACAUGUGGAUUAGUAGCCGCUUUUUCGUGAUUUUCCUGCUCCUUCAUAUCGAUACCACCUGCAGUGAACCGUUCGAGGCGCACCUACGCGGUCCCGGCUUCGUGAUGGAGCCACCGGGGCGCGUGGAGUUCUCCAACUCUUCAGGUGGAUGGCUGGAUUGCUCCGCCUCCGGGAGUCCACAGCCGACGAUCGAUUGGGUGCACGCGGACGGCACGGCGGUGACGGAGAUACAUGGAGUGCGGAGAGUCCUGCGUAACGGUACACUCGUCCUGAUGCCAUUUGCAGCAGCGGCCUAUCACCAGGAGGUGCACAAUACCAUAUACCGAUGCAUUGCCAGCAAUUCGGUGGGUCGCAUCGUCUCACGGGACGUGCAAGUCCGUGCUGUCGUGGCGCAGGCCUACAAAGUGGAUGUGGAGGUGCUAUCGGCGUCGCGCGGCUGCACCGCCAUCCUGCGCUGCGUGGUGCCCACGUUCGUCAAGGAAUUGGUACGAGUGGUCUCCUGGGUUCAUGAACCCGCUAUCUACAUCUAUCCCUCGCUGCAAGGCGAUGGCAAAUUCCAUUUGCUGCCCACCGGCGAACUGCUCAUCCACAAUCUGCAGGAGAGCGAUGAGUCGCAGUCCUUCCGCUGCCGCAGUAUGCAUCGUCUCACCCGCCAGGUGGUCGUCAGCUCACCCACCCGGCUGCGUAUUAAUUCGCAUCGCGGCAUCAUUUCGCCGAGCGUGGUGGAACACACGGCUCAUGUGCAGGUGUCACAGGACGAGGGAGCAGUGCUGCUGUGCGUCGCCCAGGGCUGUCCUUCGCCCGAAUACAGCUGGUACACCCACAAUGGAGCUGGUCCCUUGCCCGUGCUGAGUGGACCUCGUGUGCGACUCCUGGGCCCCAUCCUGGCCAUUGAGGCUGUGACCGGAGAGGACUCUGGCGUUUACAAGUGCACCGCUGGCAAUGUGGGCGGUGAGGCCAGUGCCGAGCUACGUCUUACGGUGGCCACACCCAUCCAGGUGGAGAUCUCACCCAAUGUGCUCAGCGUUCAUAUGGGCGGCACAGCGGAGUUCCGCUGCGUGGUGACCAGCAAUGGCAGUCCGGUGGGGAUGCAGAAUAUUCUGUGGUACAAGGAUGGACGACAGCUGCCCUCCUCGGGCCGAGUGGAGGAUACUCUGGUGGUGCCACGUGUGGGUCGCGAAAACCGCGGCAUGUAUCAGUGCGUGGUACGAAGGCCCGAGGGUGACACAUUCCAGGCCACCGCGGAGUUGCAAUUGGGAGAUGCCCCGCCAGCUUUGCUAUACAGCUUCAUCGAGCAGACCCUGCAGCCGGGCCCAGCUGUGAGCCUCAAGUGCUCCGCUGCCGGCAAUCCUACGCCGCAAAUUUCAUGGACACUGGACGGAUUUCCGCUGCCAUCAAACGGAAGAUUUAUGAUCGGACAAUACAUCACAGUGCAUGGCGAUGUAAUUAGUCAUGUUAACAUAAGCCACGUCAUGGUCGAGGAUGGCGGCGAGUAUGCCUGCAACGCCGAAAAUCGGGCAGGACGAGUGCAGCAUGCGGCCCGCUUGAAUAUUUAUGGUCUUCCGUACAUUCGACUGAUACCAAAGGUGACCGCCGUCUCCGGCGAGCAACUGAAUCUAAAGUGCCCGGUGGCCGGCUAUCCCAUCGAGGAGAUCCACUGGGAGCGAGGCGGACGGGAGCUGCCGGAUGACAUACGGCAACGGGUUCAGCCGGACGGCUCGCUGACCAUCAGUCCGGUGCAGAAGGCCUCCGAUUCCGGCGUUUACACGUGCUGGGCGAGGAACAAGCAGGGUCACAGCGCCCGCCGGAGUGGCGAAGUGACGGUCAUAGUGCCGCCGAAGCUCAGUCCCUUCCAAACGAACAUCCUGCAGCUGAAUAUGGGGGAUCGGGCCUCCCUCACCUGCUCGGUGGUGAAGGGCGACCAGCCGCUGACCAUCGUCUGGCGGAAGGAUAACCGGCCCAUCGACCAGACGCAGCACAUGUCCGUGAAGCUGGUGGACCAGUACAACAGCAUCCUGGUGAUCGAGAAUCUGGGCAGCGAUCACACCGGCAACUACUCCUGUGUGGUCCGUAACUCCGCCGCCGAGGUGGAGAACUCGCAGGCCCUUUUGGUCAAUGUACCGCCUCGCUGGAUAGUCGAGCCCGUGGACGCGAAUGUGGAGCGGAAUCGUCACAUAAUGCUGCACUGCCAGGCCCAGGGGGUACCCACUCCCAGUAUAGUUUGGAAAAAGGCCACAGGCAGCAAAUCCGGUGAAUAUGAGGAGGUCCGGGAGCGUCCUUUCACCAAACUCCUGGGCAAUGGCUCCUUGUUGCUGCAACACGUUAAAGAGGAUCGUGAGGGUUUCUAUCUGUGUCAGGCAAACAAUGGCAUCGGCACCGGCAUCGGAAAGGUCAUCCAGCUGAAAGUGAACUCCUCACCGUACUUUUCAUCCACUUCCCGCUCGGUAAUGGUGAAGAAGGGCGAUACGGCCCUGCUCCAGUGUGCCGUAAGUGGCGACAAGCCGAUAAACAUCGUGUGGAUGCGCUCGGGCAAGAAUACCCUGAACCCGUCGACCAAUUACAAGAUCUCAGUCAAGCAGGAGGCCACACCGGAUGGAGUCUCUGCGGAACUGCAAAUCCGUACGGUGGAUGCAACCGACAGUGGGCCAUACUUUUGCCGGGCAAGUAAUCUCUAUGGCAACGACCAGCAGCUGGUUCAACUUCAAGUCCAGGAGCCACCGCUGCCACCGAGUGUCCUGGAAGCGGCCAUGAUCACCAGUCGGUCGGUAAAUCUCAAAUGGCAGCCCAAAUCCCUGGGCACUGGCGAUGUAACCAAGUAUUUGGUGGAAUUCCGGGAAGCAGAUCUUUUCCCAUCGGCAGCUCUUUUCGUAGAACAAUGGCAACAGAUCGAGGUCAAAGAUCCGCCUACCUUCAAUGCCAUGGUGGAGAACCAACCUGCCACCCGCUAUGCUUUCCGGGUAAUUGCCGAAGGCUCAGCCGGACGCAGUGCACCCAGCCAGGAGCUGGUUGUUCGCACUGAGCCCCAACGACCGGCAGGUCCACCACUGAAUCUCUCGGCCAGACCUUUGUCUUCCACGGAGCUGCUCAUCAGUUGGGUGGCUCCAUUGCCGGAACUACGACACGGCGACAUCCAAGGCUAUAAUGUGGGCUAUAAGCUGGCUAGUUCAGGAAAUACGGCGUACAAUUUCACUUCCGUUUCGGGUGAUGGCGAUGGCGGAAAUGGCGAAUUGCUCCUCAGUGGAUUGGCCAAAUUUGCACGCUAUAGCGUGGUGGUGCAGGCAUUUAACCAGGUGGGACCAGGACCUCUGUCGGAGCCCACCGCAUCUCAGACCAUGGAAGAUGUUCCCAGUCGCCCGCCAGAGGAUGUGCGCUGUGCAGCUCUCUCCUCCCAGUCGCUUCAGGUGUCCUGGCAGCCUCCGCCAAUCUAUCAUACCAACGGCUUACUCCAAGGGUAUAAACUGAUAUUUGAACCCAUGAUCGAUGACAUUCAGCCCAGCAAGGACGAGGUGGAGUCCCGAAAGACCACAGCUCUUACCAUGGUGCUGACAGGUCUGAGGAAGUACACCAACUACAGCAUCCAGGUGCUGGCCCAUACUCGAAUGGGAGACGGAGUCCUCUCAAAGCCUCUGUUCUGCCACAGCGAGGAGGAUGUUCCCGAGGCACCGGCAGACAUUAAAGUGGUAUCCAGCUCAUCUCAAUCCUUGUACAUCUCCUGGCUGGCGCCAUCAGAGCCCAAUGGGGUGAUAACCAAGUAGCUGUACACUCGCGUGGUGAACGGUCGAGAGCUGAACAACGAGAAGAGGAGUCUGCCAUCACAACAGGCCUAUUACGAGGCAAAGGGUCUGCAUCCUCACAUGGAGUACCAGUUCUGGGUUACGGCCAGCACUCGGGUGGGCGAGGGCAAGAGUUCCCGCGUGGCCUCACAGAUCACCACCAACCGGGUGCCGGCGAGAAUUAUCUCCUUCGGCGGUCCUGUGGUGCGUCCCUUCAGGUCCACUGUCACCAUGCCCUGCACCGCGGUGGGCAAGCCCAAACGGGAUUGGUUUAAAGGAGAUGAGGUGGUUCGUCAGGGAAGCCUUCACAACUCCCAGAUGCUGGACAGCGGUGAUCUGAUUAUUUCCGAUCUUGAACUAGAGGAUAGCGGCAACUACAGCUGCCAGGUGGACAAUGGCAUCGGAACCGAUCGUCUCACACACAUGCUCCUGGUUCAAGUGCCGCCUUCACCUCCGACUCUCUACGUUACCAGUGCCACCUCGAGCAGCAUAUUGAUGCACUGGAAGUGCGGCUUCACUGGCAAUGCACCCAUCACUGGCUAUACCCUCUUCUAUCGGAAAACAAAUGGCAACACAGCGGAAAUGCAGCUUUCGCGUCAUGCCUCGAGCCAUGAGCUAAAGGGUCUGGUGUGCGGCAGCACCUACCAGGUCUACAUGAGUGCCCAGAAUAAGGUGGGCACUUCAUCCUCCAGCACCAUGUUACAUGUGCGUACCCAGGGACAGUCGCCGGGUCAGCCCGCCUCUACAGCUCUGCUGGCGCCCAACUCCACCUCGCUUUUGGUCCGACUGCAUUCUUGGCCUGACAACGGAUGUCCGAUAUUGUACUUUGUGCUGCAAUAUCGGAUGAUCACCGAAGAAAAUGAUCAGGAUUGGGUCAUGGUAUCAAAUGCCAUCAAGCCACAACGUCGUGUAGUGGUAAACAACCUACGACCAUCGAGCCUUUACCAUCUUCGCAUGGAGGCUCACAACGUGGCUGGUGUGUCCCAGGCAGAGUUCUCCUUUGCCACGCUCACCAAGGAUGGUGAUCCGCCUUCAGCGGACGUAGUGCAUCGUGCAUCGGGACCAACUGUGAUAUUGGGAAACAUUAACCUGCUCAUUCCGAGCAUUGCUGCGUUCUCCGGAAUGAUCUGCACCAUCAUCAUGGUCAUCGUCUGCUACCGGCACAAGCAAAGCACCCAUAUUCAGAAGGAGUCCCUGGAGAAUAGGGCCAACUCGGAGGCUGCCCAAAGGGAGCGCUACUAUGCCACUAUUCACAAGGUUUCCAUGCAGAAUAAUGACAAGAUUCCAGAAACCUCCGAGGACAUCUCGCCGUAUGCCACCUUCCAGCUAUCGGAGGCUGGAGGCAAUAUGUCACAGCCACAUCAUGGCGGGCCGGCCAACACGCUGCUCCACUCGUUCAUGUACCACGAGCGGGCCUUGGCCGAGGGCUGCUCGUCGCCACCACCAGCCGCGUCCAAGAACCGGAGGCGUCACUCGCGGAAGACGGAGCCAGAGAGCGAGGAAUCGGAGUCGGAUCAGGACCAGCUGACCUCCAGUCGCACCGAGUCUUCCAAUCAGCACGAGGGCAAGAUCAAGCACAGCAUCAUCUACCAUGGAGCACAGUCCAGCACCUCCUCCGAUCUGUCACCAAUGUCCGAACAGAAAUCAUUGCCCCGCCGCGGUCGCUCCAGGUAUCAUCACCAGCAAUAUCAGUUUUCCACCAACACCACACCGCGUCACCACAACAGCAACAAGAUCAACAACAACACCACCACCAACUCGAAUACGAAUACGAACACCAACAGCACAGCCACCAAUACGACUGCCACACCAUCGACAUCGACAUCGAGCAAUUCGAACAAAAUUCUAUCGCCGCGCGGCGGCAACCUGAAGUCCAUAUCGAGCACCUUCAAGUCCCAAGACUCCAUACAGUGCCACAUACCCACAUUGGUCAAGUCGCCAUCGAUCAGUACACAGCAGCAGAAACAGUUCCACAAGCAGCAGUUGCAGAGCAGUAGUAACCAUCCCAGUAAUCAGCAUAGUAGCUCAUCCUCCUCCCAGAACAACAGUAGUAGUCUGAAGCAACAGCAGCCCCUGCUGAUCACGCCCAAGCUCCAUCAGCUGGAGUCUGGGCCCAAUGGGGCCCAGGAGCUGUUGGGUCUGGACGGGAUCGGUGCCAGCCCGUUGGUUGCCUGCAUGCCACCCUCAUCACAAUUCCGACCCAUUCCGCACAAGUCCAUAAUGCCCGCGCAUGAGACACAGCCGCACCACCUCAAUCACAACCUCAAUCACAAUCACAACAGCCAUCUGCAGCACCAGCAGCAGCAAUCGCAGCUCCAGGGCACGCUCCUUAAUCCCUCAACGGCCAUGCUCUCGUCCAAGUUCUUCACAGCACCCACGCUGCCCAAAUAGGAUACGGCCAA